CCAAAAUGGCGGCCUCCAUGUGUCAUGUGACUUCAUCAAAAGAAAAUGGCUUCCACAGUGCAACAUGUUUGCAAAUUGCUUGGAAGAAAUGUGGUUCUAAAUCCGUUACUCAUUUCAAAAACAUAUAUACCAAUGGUAGUGCAGACAAGAAGCGCCAAAUACCACAAGCAGUUCUUGGAGCCUACGUUGGAUAAAGCAGCACUAGCCCAGCCUUUGCCAGAAGAUGAUGUCCGAAGAUUCCAACCGAUCAAGGCGGCCAGAAGUAUGGAGCACACCCUCUUCACGUGUAACCCAGAAAUGGAAAAAUUCAUCAAUAUCAUGAUGGAAGAUGGUAAAAAGCAAUUGGCAAGAAAUUUGUUAGAACAGGCUUUAAAAAACGUCAAACGGAUUCAAAUAGAAAAAUACCACAAGUCUUCUCCAGAGGACCGUGAACAAAUAAUAUUAGAUCCUGUAGAUAUUUUCAAUAAGGCAGUUGAGAAUUGUCGACCUGUACUCAUAUUAACAAAAAUAGUCAAAGGAGGUGUCACAUAUCAGGUGCCUGUUCCUUGUAAACCUAACUACAGCAGAUUCAAAGCAAUGAAUUGGCUCAUCAACUCGGGGAUGGAGAAGGAUCCAAAGAUGAGAUUCUAUGACAAGUUGGCCUAUGAACUGAUUGAAGCAGCAAAUAAUGAGGGCAAAAGUGUACGAAAGAAACAAGACUUGCAUAAACAAUGUGAGGCCAAUAGAGCCUAUGCUCACUUCAGGUGGUAGUGACAUUGAAUGCCAAGACAUUACAGGAUUUUAGUCCCAUUUGAAUGGACUCGAUUCUUGAAGGAAUAAUUCUUGAGAUUUCUCCUGUGGUCGCCCUCACCGAAAAGCAGUGUGAUAUCAGUCAGGAUUCAGUCAGGUUGCAGUGUUACCUCACAUUUUUAUGGCAGUGUUGAAAUCAGUGGAAAGCAGUCAUAGGGAGUGUUUUUCAGUCACGCAAUACCAAAGCAUACAGUUAUACAGCAAUCAAAAAUAGAGGUUAGGGAGUCAUAAGCAGUGGUAAGACAGUCAAAAUCAGUGGUAAGGCAGUCAAAAGCAGUGCUCAUUUAAAUAUUUAGGCUGACUGAUUUCCACUGCUUUUGACACUGAAAAUGACUCCCCACUAUGCAUCAUGCACAGGGCUGGCAGUGGGGUUCAGUGUUAAUUUAAAUAUUUCGCAGCACACUGAAUCCACACUGAAACACCACUGAUUUUGACUGCCAUUUCCAAAACCUCUUGGAGGGAGCAGUCAUUUUCAGUGUUAAUAUGAAUAAUUUAUUUAAUGGCAUGCAGGCACGGAUGCCGAGAAAGGUUUGGGGGACGUGACCCCCCUGUGCUGAUGACAACCAAAGAAAUUGUUCGAAAAAGCAAAAACUUCUAGCGAACUGUUACUUUUGCUGUCCUAUUUUAGACGGUGUGUUUGCGUCCAAUAUGGUAGUGAUGACGUCAUCUGCACAAAUAGAGGACAUCGCCAUUGUAUGAUGACGUGACACAGUAAAAAGAUGACAAAUUCACGUCCUUGACCUACGUCAUUGCAAACUUUGUCAUAAUGACAGUGUUCAGAUGGGGUUACUAGACAAUUGAAACGACACAUGGCACAUAGCUACUGUCAGUGAUGUCAGGGAUUGAAGCUAGAUCAAAUUGACGUCCAAAUAAAGUAACUGCACGCGGCCUGUAGAAUAAUGAUCUACUGAUUGAUGUGUAUUGAGCUCCCAUGCAGAUAAUUUGCAGUGUAUGCAUACAUUACAAUUAACACCUAUAGGGCCUACAGUAGAUGCAUGAAGAUACAUGCAGAUAUCUUGCAGUGUAUGCAUGCAUUACAACACCUAUAGGGCCUACAGCCUUCUUGAUUUGCUGAAAAUACAACUUCAGUGUCUGUCGAGAUUACCCUUUUUGCAUUCAUUUGGCUCCUUAUGUGUUCCAAUUCAAACUGACUAAAACUCCCCUCUUCUCAUAUUGAAAUUCGGGUAAAUAUCGAGAAAUAUGAAGAGGUACCAUGAUUUCUUGAAUGUUUGACUAUCAAAUUCAAACUUACUAGCUUCCUGUCUCAGGUUGCAUUAUGGGUGAUAUUUAACACUGAAUUUGACUGCAAUUACCACUGCUUUACACUGCCAUCAAGUCUUAAUCUCACCAGUCAUAAAGCAGUGGUUUUCAGUCAUGUUGAAAAUGCCACGGGUUUCGAUCAGAGUUAGAGAAGUGGAAAUCAGUGGUCUUUCAGUCAAAUGCAGUGUUUUUGAAAUACGUUGUUCAUAAUGAUAUGCAAGUGGCAGUGCUUUGCAGUGGUCUUUCAGUCAAAAUCAGUGGUUUUAAAACAUUAAGAAAAAAUGAUAUGCCUUAAGACAGUCAUAUGCAGUGGGGGUUUCAGUCAAAAGCAGUGUGAUGCAGUCAUUUUCAGUGCACUGCCUUUCGGUGAGGGCGCUGAAAUAAACUAUGUAGUGAAGAAACAGUGGCUUGCAUGUGAAAUUGGACUCCUUCUGAGACACUCUGGUGAAUCAUCAAAGACACUGGUAUACAUGGACUCUCGAAUGUGUUCCCUCCUGUGAAUGGAGUAUUGUGCCCCAAGCUGUCUUUGCUUGUGACA